CUCGGAGUAGUUGUAAAGGCCCGGUAGCCUUUUACCUCUACCCCGUUGAAUAUACAGCACAUUAAAGCUUAUAUUUAGAUGGACUACCUGAGGCCUGAGGCGAACGGGGGAACGGAACGUACCGUCCCCAAAAUAAUCAUUCAUGGAGAACACCUGGAUCCUGACAAACCACGGAUGGGUGAGGAAAUUUUUGAUGAAGCGCCGGCCUCCAUACUUGGGGCUCCUCGCAACAAGAAACACAUUCCCAACAAUUCCAUUCGUCGUAAGAUCGCGAUCUACUUCACCAACGUGUACAACAAACCCUACCAACAUAUCAUGAAGCUUCUGCCGGAAGUUAUGCCUCGCUGGGGGAAGUCACGGAUUGUUGGAGGAGGUGACAAAGUUUCCACCCUAUGGGCCCAAGAACGACGAACCAAGUACAGAGACUCAUCCUUUGUUCGGUAUGAAGUCGCGGUGGACUCCAAUCCCCGAGUACGUCGUAAAACCCCGCUUGUGAGAAGGAUUUGUUAUGGAGAGCUUCAUGAGAUACUCGAAUGCGUCAUUCCCCCCUCAGAACUCCUUGGAACAGGGAUGCCCACGCGGCACCUUCUUGCCCUUGUUUCGGACAGCGGCGCUUAUAUGGACGCAGCGUUGACGCCAACUUCUUUCACCAACCUCUCCGACACUACUCAGAUUAUCGCACUCGCAUCAGUCUCAUCGGUCUGUGGCCGCUUUCUUUAUGGCACGAAUUCUCGUCGUUGGGCCAUCGUUGAUCGCAGUUGCGAGCUCGCAAGGCCAAUUUUUAGUGUUGACGAUGAUGACUAACCAAACUUCGACAUUUCCCGUUCAUGUCUGACGCUUGUAAAAUACAUCGCAGCUCAAAUACCACGAAUUGAGCGGUAAUUUACGCAGGGAAGGGUCUGGUAUUUCGCAUCGUGAGACGCAUCUUGUAAUUUACAAUGAAGAAAAUAUCACGAAAACAGUGGUAAAUGGUCAAAAACCAGACCAAAAAUGGUUUUUUACGGCCAUUCA